AUGGACCUACCAGGUUAUCACCUACAGCAGCACCAGCCUCUUGUUCACCACCCUGGUAACUAUCAAGAGGAUUUGAUCAAUUUGGAGGGAUCAUCAACAUCUCAGGAGCAAAAGACAGAGGCAGAGAGUAGACUGGACUCAGAGGACAACUGUCCUGUCUGUGGAGACAAAGUGUCAGGAUACCACUAUGGACUUCUUACCUGUGAGAGCUGCAAGGGCUUCUUUAAACGUUCAGUGCAAAACAACAAACAUUACACCUGUGCAGAGCAACAGAGGUGCCCCAUGAACCUUUCUCAGAGAAAACGUUGCCCAUUCUGCCGCUUCCAGAAGUGUUUAGCUGUGGGUAUGAAGAAAGAAGCGGUCAGAGCAGAUCGUAUGAGAGGAGGCAGGAACAAAUUUGGGCCCCUCUACCGCCGGGACAGACAAAUGAAACAGCAAAAGGUGUAUCACCAGUCAAACACUGAUCCCUACAGGAUUAAGGUAGAAACAGGACAAAUACAUGGUCCCCACGCUCUAAAUGACCUCCAGGUGGUAACCAGCUGCAUCAGUCAUCCAUUAACUUCUGAAGCUGUUAAUCAACCCCACAUGUAUACUUCUUGCAUGGGGCAGUCAAGUGAACCCAUGUCUCUGGACUGCACUGUGAACACAAACAGAGGUCUUACUCCUCCAUCCCUGCCUUACCCUGGACUGUACCACUGCACUUUCCCUGGACACCCUGAGGAGAAGUUGGAAGUGCCUUUUGGCUACAGCCCAGUUCCUGUAAACUAUACAGUGGAUUCAACCCCAAACAGCUCAUUCACACCAAGAAGUACACUAGAAUCAUCGCCCUCUUCAACAAAAAGCUUAACCACUCCUGUAUCCCAGGCUCCCACUCAAACACCAACCAACCCUCUAUCAUCAGCGCUUACACCUAACUUCUUAAGCCAACUGCUGGAAGGGGAACAGGAUGAGAGCCAGCUGAAUGCCAAAGUUCUGGCCAGUCUUCAGAGAGAACAGGCCAACCGAGGCAAGCACGACCGUCUGAAUACAUUCAGCAUUAUGUGCAAAAUGGCUGACCAGACUCUGUUUUGCCUAGUGGAGUGGGCCAGAAACAGUUCCCUCUUUAAGGAGCUGAUGGUGGAAGACCAAAUGGUGCUGUUGCAGAGCUGUUGGAGUGAGCUGCUGGUACUAGAUCACUUAUGUAGACAAGUGACGUAUGGCAAAGAAGGCUGCAUAUAUCUGGUCACAGGACAACAGAUUGAGGUGUCAACCAUCAUUUCCCAGGCAGGAGUGACACUGAGUAGCCUGGUAUCAAGGACCCAAGACCUAGUAUCCAAACUUAAGGCACUCCACUUGGACAGACACGAGUUUGUCUGUCUCAAAUACCUGGUGCUAUUUAACCCCGAUGUGAAGUCAGUGCAUAACCGCAGGCAGGUAGAGCAAACUCAAGAGCGAGUCAACAGGGCGCUGAUGGAGUACACUCAGCAAAAUCAUCCAGGACAUUGUGACAAGUUUGGCCAGUUGCUUCUUCGGCUGCCUGAAGUUCGCAGCAUUAGCUUGCAAAUUGAGGACUAUUUGUACCAGCGCCAUCUUCAAGGAGAUUUGCCCUGUAACUCUCUACUUACAGAGAUGCUGCACACCAAGCACAGCUGA